GGAGGCAUACAGAGCCAGCAGAGGGAGGCUGGACCGGGAACAAUAGAGAGGAACGAAGCCAGUCCUGAAACAGCAAACAAACCGAAAGAAAAGGAGCCCAGAGAGGCUGAUGGAGGCAGAGGAGGACAUGUGAAGAGCGAACCGGGCCGGGCUUCGCUUUUCUUUCUCUCUCCCUGGAUUAUAUUCAACCGGAUUCAGGCAUGAACCCCGCAGAGGCGGCCGAGGAGGCGCCCAGCGACCCCGACACUGAUGCCUUCUACAAAACAGGCUCCCUCAGGACCGAAGGCAUUAAGGCGUCUGAUGUUUUGCCUGUGCUGAAGGAGAAAGUCGCCUUCGUGUCGGGUGGACGAGACAAAAGAGGAGGACCCAUCCUGACAUUUCCUGCCAGGAGCAACCAUGACCGAAUAAAGCAGGAGGACCUGAGGAGGCUGGUCACCUACCUGUCGACGGUCCCCAGCGAAGAUGUCUGUAAACGAGGAUUCACCGUCAUCAUCGACAUGCGUGGAUCAAAGUGGGAGCUGAUCAAGCCUCUGCUAAAGACUCUGCAGGAGUAUUUCCCAGCAGAAAUCUGUGUGGCUCUCAUCAUAAAACCAGACAACUUCUGGCAGAAGCAGAAGACCAACUUCGGCAGUGCAAAGUUCUCCUUUGAGACCAGCAUGGUGUCAGUGGAAGGUUUGGCCAAAUUGGUGGACCCUUCACAGCUAACCGAAGACUUUGAAGGCUCUCUGGACUACAACCAUGAGGAGUGGAUGGAGCUGAGGGUGUCGUUAGAAGAGUUCAUGUCCAACGCUGUUCACCUGCUGUCUAGACUGGAGGACCUACAAGAGCUUUUGUCCAAAAAGGACUUUCCUGCGGAUGUAGAAGGAUCCCGGCGGUUAAUAGAGGAGCACACACAGCUGAAGAAAAAGGUGCUAAAGGCUCCAGUGGAGGAGUUGGACCGCGAGGGCCAGCGGUUGCUUCAGUGCAUUCGAUCCAGUGAUGGAUUUUCUGGAAGGAACUGCAUCUCAGGUUCUGCUGACUUUCAGAGCCUGGUGCCAAAGGUUGCCAGUCUGCUAGAUAAGCUCCACUCCACCAGGCAGCACCUCCAUCAGAUGUGGCAUGUCAGGAAGCUUAAACUGGACCAGUGCUUCCAGCUGCGACUCUUUGAACAGGACGCUGAGAAAAUGUUCGACUGGAUUAGCCACAACAAAGAGUUAUUCUUGCAGAGUCACACAGAGAUCGGACGCAGUUACCAACAUGCUGUGGAGCUGCAAACGCAACACAACCACUUCGCCAUGAACUCUAUGAACGCCUACGUAAACAUCAACAGAAUCAUGUCGGUGGCGAGCCGUCUAGCGGAGGCUGGCCACUAUGCGUCCACACAAAUCAAGCAGAUCUCUACUCAGCUGGAUCAGGACUGGAAAAGUUUUGCCGCUGCACUUGAUGAACGCUCUACUAUCCUCGCCAUGUCUUCUGUCUUUCACCAGAAGGCUGAGCAGUUCUUGUCAGAGGUGGAAGCCUGGUGUAAAGUCUGCAGUGAGGGGGGGUUACCGUCUGAGAUGCAGGAGCUGGAAAUCGCCAUCCAUCGCCAUCAGAGCCUGUACGAGCAGGUGACCCAGGCCUACACCGAGGUGAGUCAGGAUGGGAAAGCGCUGCUGGAUGUCCUGCAGAGACCUCUGAGUCCAGUCAACUCUGACUCCCUAACGGCGACGGCUAAUUACUCCAAAGCGGUUCAUUGCAUCCUUGACGUGGUGCAUGAGGUCCUUCACCAUCAGCGGCGCCUGGAAAACAUUUGGCAGCAUCGAAAGGUCCGACUUCACCAGAGGCUGCAGCUGUGUGUGUUCCAGCAAGACGUACAACAGGUUUUGGACUGGAUAGAAAACCAUGGCGAGGCCUUCCUCAGCAAACACACAGGGGUUGGAAAAUCCCUCCAUCGAGCCCGAGCCCUGCAGAAAAGGCACGAUGACUUUGAAGACGUAGCCCAGAACACGUACACCAAUGCAGACAAGCUGCUGGAAGCGGCCGAGCAGCUGGCUCAGACAGGAGAAUGUGACCCAGAGGAAAUCUACAAGGCAGCCAGACACCUGGAGGUGCGGAUCCAGGACUUUGUUCGGCGGGUGGAGCACAGGAAGCUGCUGCUCGACAUGUCCGUGUCCUUCCACACACACACCAAGGAGCUUUGGUCGUGGAUGGAGGAGCUGCAGAAGCAGCUGCUGGAAGACGUGAGCUGCGACUCGGUGGACUCGGUCCAGACUCUGAUUCAACAGUUUCAGCAGCAGCAGACGGCGACGCUGGAGGCGACGCUUAAUGUGAUCAAAGAGGGGGAGGAGCUAAUGCAGCAGCUCAGAGACGCAGCCAUGUCGACCAGCAAGACGCCUCACUGCAGCUCCAUCGCACACAUCCAGGGGGUGCUGCAGCAGCUGGAUGAGGCUCAGGGCCAGAUGGAGGAGCUUUUCCACGAACGCAAAAUCAAGCUGGACAUUUUUCUGCAGCUGCGCAUCUUUGAGCAGUACACGCUAGAGGUGACAUCAGAGCUGGACGCCUGGAACGAGGAUCUGUCUCGUCAGCUGAAGGACACCAACCGUUCGGGAGGCAGCAGCAGUAGCAGCAGCAGCAGCGGUAGCUCCUCGUCCAGCGGUGCCGAGGAUAUAAGCCUGGCAGAGCAGCGGCUGAAACGGCACGCAGAGAGGAAGGCCGCCAUGAACAACAUGACCUACGAAGUGAUGCAGCAGGGUCAGGACCUCCAUCAGUACAUCAUGGAGGUGCAAGCAUCAGGGAUCGAGUUAACGGGAGAGAAGGACAUGGACCUGGCCUCCCAGGUGCAGGAGCUGCUCGAGUUCCUCCAUGAGAAGCAGCAGGAGGUGGACAUCAGCGCGCAGCACACACACACAAGGCUGGAGCAGACCCUGCAGCUGCGCCACCUACAGGCCGAGGUCAAACAGGUACUGGGCUGGAUCCGGAACGGCGAGUCCAUGUUGAACGCCAGCAUGGUGAAUGCCAGCUCUCUGUCUGAGGCCGAACAGCUGCAGAGGGAGCAUGAACAGUUCCAGAUUGCCAUAGAGUCUCUAUUUCACGCCACUUCCCUCCAGAAGACUCAUCAAAGUGCUCUGCAGGUGCAGCAAAAGGCUGAGAUGAUGCUGCAGGCGGGUCACUAUGACCCUGAGGCGAUCCGCGGCUGUGCUGAGAAGGUGGCCGUCCACUGGCAGCAGCUGAUGCUAAAGAUGGAGGACCGCCUGAAGCUGGUCAACGCCUCCGUGGCCUUCUACAAGACAUCAGAGCAGGUGUGCAGCGUGUUGGAGAGCCUGGAGCAGGAGUACCGCAGGGAUGAAGACUGGUGUGGGAGCCAUGACAAACUUGGCAGUUCAGUGGAGAGUGAUCAUCUGCUGCCCCUGAUCAGCAAGCACCUGGAGCAGAAGGAAGCUUUCCUGAAGGCGUGCACGCUGGCGCGGAGGAAUGCUGAGGUGUUCCUGAAAUACAUCCACAGAAACAAUGUGGGCACACCUGGAGCCGCAGGCCACGCUAGAGGACCUGAGCAGCAGGUUAAAGCCAUUCUGAACGAGCUGCUGCAGAGGGAGAACCGGGUUCUUCACUUCUGGACGCUGAAGAAACGAAGGCUGGACCAGUGUCAGCAGUACUUGGUGUUUGAACGCAGUGCCAAACAGGCUUUGGACUGGAUUCAGGAGACAGGAGACGUUUACCUGACUACACAUACAUCUCCUGGGGACAGCAGUGAGGAAACACAGCAGCUGCUCAACGACUACCAUCACUUUAGACUCUCUGCUAAGCAAACCAAGGAGAAGGUGAAGCUUCUGAUCCAGCUGGCAGACAAUCUGGUGGAGAAAGGCCACGCCCACGUGUCGGAGCUGAAGCGCUGGGUCAGCACGGUGGACCGCAGAUACCGGGACUUCUCUGUGCGCAUGGCCAAAUAUCAGGAGAGCCUGGAGAGGAGCCUGGGCGUCAGCUCUGAGGACAAUAAAGACCUGGAGCUGGACAUCAUGCCUGCAAGUUUGACGGACGACCCUGAGGUCAAACUACGGGAUCCCAAUCAUGAGGUCAAUGAGGAGAAAAGAAAGUCGGCCAGAAAGAAAGAGUUCAUCAUGGCUGAGCUGCUGCAGACAGAGAAGGCCUACGUCAGGGAUCUUCAGGAGUGUCUAGAAACCUACCUGAGGGAGAUGACCAGCGGUGAGGAGGAGAUUCCUCCAGGCAUCGCCAACAAGGAACAAAUUAUUUUCGGCAACAUGCAGGAGAUCUAUGACUUCCACAACAGUAUUUUCCUGAAGGAACUGGUGAACUAUGAGCAGCUUCCAGAGGAUGUGGGCCACUGCUUUGUCACCUGGGCUGAUAAGUUCCACAUCUAUGUGGACUACUGCAAGAACAAACCCGACUCCAGUCAGCUCAUCCUGGAGCACGCUGGCAGCUUCUUUGACGACAUUCAGCAGAGACGUGGGCUGGGAAACACGCUCAACUCCUACCUCAUCAAACCAGUCCAGAGAAUCACGAAGUACCAACUUCUGCUGAAGGAGCUGCUAUCAUGCUGCGAGGAGGGUAAGGGCGAGAUCAAAGACGGUUUGGAGGUGAUGCUCAGUGUUCCUAAGAGAGCCAACGACGCCAUGCAUUUAGCCAUGCUGGAGGGCUUUGAGGAGAACCUGGGGGUUCAGGGUGAGCUGAUCCUCCAGGACAGCUUCCAGGUCUGGGACCCACGCGCCCUGAUCCGAAAGGGGCGGGACCGCCACCUUUUCCUGUUUGAGUUUUCAUUGGUCUUCAGCAAAGAGAUCAAAGACUCAGCAGGAAGGACAAAGUACCAAUACAAGAACAGACUACUGACGGCAGAGUUGGGAGUAACGGAGCACAUAGAGGGUGACCCGUGUAAAUUUGCUCUGUGGGCAGGAAGAACCCCCUCCUCUGAUAAUAAAACUGUGCUAAAAGCUUCCAGCAUGGAAGCCAAACAAGAGUGGAUAAAAAACAUCCGUGAGGUGAUCCAAGAGAGAAUGACUCACCUGAAGGGGGCGCUGAAGGAGCCUCUUCAUCUCCCUAAAACGCCGGCGCUGACCAAGCCCAGGAAUUGUCCAAAGAGGGAGGGAGAAGACGGAGACAGCCAGGGAGACGGCAGCAGCCAACCAGACACCAUCUCCAUCGCCUCCAGGACGUCCCAGAACACCAUGGACAGUGACAAGCUCUCUGGGGGAUGCGAGCUGACGGUGGUCCUCCAGGACUUCACCGCAGGAUGCAGCACAGAGCUGUCCAUCAGCACAGGUCAGACCGUGGAGCUGUUGGAGCGGCCCACGGAGCGGCCCGGCUGGUGUCUGGUCCGGACCACCGACCGCAGCCCGCCUCAGGAGGGGCUGGUUCCCAGCUCGGCUCUCUGCGUGUCUCACUCGCGAUCCAGUGUGGAAAUGGACUGCUUCUUCAGCUCAGGGAAAGAAAACUACCAUGUCAGCAGCUCUGACCGGAAGACGGAGUCUGUAGCGAAUCUGCAGCCGCAGCCGUCCCUCAACUCGCUUCAGUCAAGCUCUCCGGGUCCCAAACGUUCCGGAAACCCUCUGAGAAAGUGGCUGCCGAGUUCCAGCCGCAAGAUUAGCUCCGGCAAGAAAGUCCCCGGCACUAAACAGAAGAAGCCAGAACCUGGAUCCGGAAGAGAUGGCAGUGGAAAGGUCAAUGAGCUGUGUCACCCUGGAAAGGAGGACAUAGAAGAGAGGGUAAACAUCAAGGAGGGAAACCCAUUAUCCAAGUCGUCUGCUGGGAUACAGAGCGGCGGCGAGGAUGAGCCAGAGCCAGACGAUGAGCCCCACCUUCCUCUUCCUCCCCCUAUGGAGAUCAUGAAGGACCCCUCAGCUUCAGAGGACAAGCCUUCAUCCUUGUUAACAUCUCUGCAGUCGUCCUCUGACGUCCCCAGUGCUGCAGAGCUGGUUAGCGCCAUAGAGAAAUUGGUCAAAACCAAGAUGACUGUGGAACCGUAUCCAGGCUUCACUCCUCCAUCUCCAACAACGGAACAACACACUCCAGUUCAGGCGAGGAACUCUGAACUGGACCAGAAAGCCAAAGCUAUGAGACACCGGACGUUUGUUCUGAACGAGCUCAUUCAGACGGAAAAGGACUACGUCAAAGACCUGGGCACUGUGGUGGAGGGCUUCAUGAAGACGAUCGAAGAGAAGGGGGUUCCAGACGACAUGAAGGGAAAGGAGAAAAUAGUAUUCGGCAACAUUCACAGGAUCCAUGACUGGCACAGAGACUUCUUCGUAGGAGAGCUGGAGAAAUGUGUGGAUGACACCGAGCUCCUCCCCGAACUCUUCAUUAAACAUGAGAGAAGACUGCACAUGUACGUGGUUUACUGCCAGAAUAAACCAAAAUCUGAGUACAUUGUAGCAGAAUAUGACAAAUACUUUGAAGGAAUCCAGCAGGAAAUUCACUCCAAGCUUUCCGUCAGUGACUUCCUCAUCAAACCCAUCCAGAGAAUCACCAAAUAUCAGCUGCUGCUGAAGGACUACCUGAAGUACAGCAGCAAGGCAGGAAUGGACUGUAAACAAAUUGAGAAAGCCGUGGAGCUGAUGUCCGAGGUGCCUAAACUGUGCAAUGACAUGAUGAAUCUGGGCCGGCUGCAGGGAUACGAUGGAAAUCUGACCAAUCAGGGCAAACUGCUUCAGCAGGAAACCUUCUUCGUCACCGAGCAGGACGCGGGUGUCCUCUCACGGUCCAAAGAACGCAGAGUCUUUCUCUUUGAGCAAAUCGUCAUCUUCAGUGAGCUGCUCAGGAAAGGCUCGUCCACUCCUGGCUACCAGUUCAAGAAGAGCAUCAAGGUGACCAAUCUGGGCCUGGAUGAGAUGGUAGAUAACGACCCCUGCAAGUUUGUCCUGUUCUGUCGUGGCUCGUCGGAGCGUUUCACUUUGCAGUCUGCAAAUGUCGACAUCAAGCAGGUGUGGGUCCAGCACAUCAAGAACAUCCUGGAUGCUCAGAACGACUUCCUGUCAGCUCUGCAGUCUCCCAUCAUCUACCAGCAGGGUCAGAAUAAAGAGGUCAGCUCCUCUCUGAUCAGACGGCCUUCCUCAUCAGGGAACCGGCCAUCAUCAUCCUCCCACAGCCGGCCUUCCUCAGCCCUCGGCUUCAGUGAGAAGGACCUGGAGAGAGGGAAGAGCCCUUUGAAAGUUUCUACCUCUAACGGCGGCUCAUCUAGCUUUGAGGCCAGCCACGAUGACGGCGGCUGUAACGGUCUCUACUCCACCAUGCGGGUCACUCAGGACUACUCUGCGCUCAAAGAGAACGAGAUCUGCGUCAGCAGAGGAGACAUCGUCCAAGUCCUGGCCACCAAUCAGCAGAACAUGUACCUCGUUUUCCGGCCAGCCGACAGCCAAUCACCGGAGGCCGAGGGCUGGCUGCCGGGCCACGUUCUGGGCCCGCCCACAAAGCCCAUAAAAGACUCUUUCUCCACUUCCUCCUUCCCAGCCGCUGUGGCAGACGCCAACAACAUCAAGAAGUCUUUGUCAUGGAACACGCUGCGUGCCAGGAAGCGAGCUGAAGCCAGGGACGGGUCCUUCCUGGGGUUCAGGAGCCAUGACAACAGCCUCCUACGUAAACCCAAAGAUGGCACUGUGUCCCCUCUCCCACUAGCCCUGCCAAGCUCCGCCCACAGGACUAAAGACCUGCAAACUUCAGAUGAGUCAGAAAGUGAGGAAGACCUUGACCCAAAGACAGGCAUGGAGCUUCUCAAUCCAAACUUCAUACAGACAGUGGCUCCUGAAUUCCUGGUCCCGCUAUCGGAUGUAGUUUGUGCAUUUGGAGAGACGGUGGUCCUUUGCUGUAAAGUCUGCGGACGGCCCAAACCCUCUGUAACCGUGAAGGGCCCUGACCAAAACCUGGUGGCCAGUAACAGCCGCUUCACCAUUGAUAUCAGGGACACUGGUGACAUCUUACUGAAGAUCUGUAAUGUGAUGCCUCAAGAUACAGGUAUCUACACCUGUGUUGCUGUUAAUGAUCACGGCUCUGCUUCUUCGUCCGCCUCCAUUAAAGUGCAAGGUAUCCCAGCGGCUCCAGGGAGGCCCCUGGCACAGGAGGUGAGCAGCACCACAGUGCUGGUCCACUGGCCCCCUCCCGCUUCAUCCACUCAUUGUGCCAUCACCAGCUAUUCAGUAGAGUACAGGCAGGAAGACUCGUUCUUGUGGCAGCAGGCGGCCAGCUGCAGGGAGGAGUGUUUACAAAUCGAUAAUCUUAUUCCUGGAGGUCACUAUCAAUUCAGAGUUCAAGCAUCCAACCGCUGGGGGGUUGGCCCACCAUCCCAACCCUCAAAUAUGGUUACACUGGCAAGCUGCAAUUCUGGUUGUGAUGGAACAGGGAUUCAGUGGAAAGAAAAUUUUGAAUCAGCCUUCACAGAAAUCAACGAGAUUGGAAGGGGGCGCUUUUCAGUUGUGAGAAAAUGUUUCAGCAAACCAGCAAAGAAAGAGGUUGCAGUGAAGUUUGUGAAUAAGAAGAUGCAGAAGAAGGAACAGGUUGCACACGAGGCAGACAUUCUCCGGCAUGUACAGAGCCACCAAGUGGUGGUCCUGCUCGACACCUACGAGUCCUCUUCCUCUCUGAUGCUGGUCCUGGAACUGCUGGAAGAUGGCCGUUUGCUUGACUACCUGGUCGCCCAUGAUGAGCUGAUGGAAGAGAAAGUGGCGUUUUUUAUCAGAGAGACUUUGGAGGCUCUACAGCAUCUCCAUACUUGCAGGGUCGCACAUCUGGAUCUUAAGCCAGAGAACAUCAUGGUGGAUCUUAGAGCUCCAACUCCGUCCGUUAAGCUCAUUGACCUUGGCGACGCUGUCCAGCUCACUGCUAACCGCCAAUAUGUCCACCUCUUACUUGGAAACCCUGAAUUCGCCGCCCCAGAACUCAUCCGAGGAACGCCGGUCUCUGUUGCGACAGACUUGUGGAGCAUGGGCGUCCUGGCCUACGUCAUGCUCAGCGGCGUAUCGCCCUUUCUGGAUGAAUCACCAGAGGAAACUUGUGUAAACAUUUGCCGCCUGGACUUCUGUUUCCCGGAUGAAUACUUCCGCCAUGUGAGUCAGGCAGCCAGGGAUUUUGUGUUGUCAGUGCUGCAGGAGGAUCCCAGGAAGAGGCCUAGUGCCACUUCAUGUUUACAGCACCCAUGGGUGGGACGUGGGGGUGCUCAAGGAGGCGAGUACUCCAAGACGCCCCUGGACAGGUCAAGGCUGGCCACAUUCAUUGACCGAAGAAGACAGCUGCAUGACGUUCGUCCUGUCACCAACAUCAAAGGUUUGGUGAGCAGCAGUAUGGGAAACACACUGUGAUGGAGAAAGCGGUAAACAUUCUGUCCAUCUGUGUGCGCCAUCGCUAAAACUUCUUCACCAUCUACUGUCUGAUGAACGCACGAGUGGAAAAGGUUCCUGUUUGUUCCAACAUUAAAUGUCUUGGUUCUGUAUGAGUCGCUAUUUGAAAAAUAAUAGUGUCUUCAUCUUCAUUUCCUAAACAACACUCCUUUCAAAGAAAUCCUCUCAGCCAUGUGGAGAGACACACAGAAACAUUCUCUCCAAAUCUUUUAAAUCCUUAUCCUGCUCCAAAAUACACUUGUUUCUUUUUAAUGCUCUAAAAGUACAGGCCAUCUAGUUCUUAUUUUAAAAAAAGUAUUAACGAUACCAUGAAUGCUAAGAAGAAACAAAGGCCUUUGAACGACAGUCGACCCACAGCAUCACAGGUCCUCCACCAUACCAUAAGAUGGAUCUUUAAGAUGAUCAGUGAGGACCUCCAUAUCUUUAUCUAAAUUCAUUAUGUGGGUCAAAAAAAGAGACUGUUUCUGAUGUGAAUGUUAUCCUUCAUGUAGUAAAGCAGCUUAUUUAUUUAGAAUUUGGAACUUAAAGCAAAAGUUGGACAAUUCUAGUCAUUAUUGGUUUGUAGGACCGGAUCAUCAGAACGCCAAAAGGACUGCUGCUCACAGGAGGCACCUAGUUUUACAGCAAACUCACUCUGAAUAUAUUUGAAAGGAAAUGGGUUGGAGCAGAGUUUUUCAUCCACUCUACCGAUAUAAAAGGAUACCAACAGAAACCAGUGUCAUUAUGACUCAUUAGUUCUGGAAACUG